AUGUGAUUAUGAAUUUAUUUUGGAUUACAAAAAAAAUUUCAUUUCAUUUGAAUGGCGAGUAUCGAUGAUCGGACGUGAAUAUUGCUGCUACGAUGUUGGGAAAUUUGAGGCUCGUUGCCCGGAGCUUUGCGAACAUUACUAUUGCUGCUGAAAGACGUCAUGUACAUCCAACAAUACGAUCCAUAUGUUCUUUAAAUCAGCUGCCUUUAGGUUCACCUACAUUACCUAUCUCUAUUAAACUGCCAACCAUAAUAACAGAAAAAAUUAUAGACAAGCCAAGUCCUUGUAUUCCUCUAAGAAUCCCUCGACCAACAAUAUCCCUUCCAUUGGCUGAUCCAUUGGUUGAUAAUGAUAAUGAAAUUCAAGCAGCUCGACUGAUAGUAAUUCGUCGUAAGAAAAUGAAAAAACACAAAUUGAGAAAGUUAAGAAAGCGCAUGAAGUAUGUGUGGGCCAAAGUUCGACAAAAGAGAGAAAUGAGAAAAGAAAAGGCUUUUCAAGCUGAACUAAUGGGACAGGUAAAAGAAGCUGAGAAAUUUAGUCCUGCUAAUUAUGUACAAGAAAAAUUGAAUAUUGUUAACAUGACAAUAUUGCCAAAUAGAUGGAGAGGAAAACGACUACCUGAAUUUGUUAUAAAGGACUUGAUAGCCAAAGCCCAAGCUAAAAAACAAGCAAAAAUCGAAACUCUAGAACGAAGAAAAAAAUUUAUGGCUUCUUACAAAUCAUAGUCAUUUUAAGAUUGUAAGAAAUUUAAUAUAAAAUAAUAGUAUAAUAAAUCUGUAAGCUUGGGUAUUUA